GUCAACAAUAAAACGUCGUUUUGACGCUUUCCAUUUUAACUUUCGAAAUUUCGCGUUCUUGGAAACGAAGAAGAAAACACAAAUACCCAUUACUUACACUUUACAUAGAAGUAGAGGAAAUAGGAACACUUUCAGCACAUAUACUGAAUGAAUUUGAUCAUUCUAAAUGACCACCAUGUCUGACAAAAUAGGCUUUGACGAACUUCGGGUCAAAUAUAAGGAUGUCCUUUCAAAAGCGUUUGCGAAUAACAACAUGGACUUGCUGGAUUCGUUUUCGAAGAACGUCAGCGAAACCGACCGCAAAGCUGCGAUGGACCAAGCGUUUAGAGACAAACUUCUUGAACUCCUUGUAGAAGAACCUGAGACUUUAGAAAAUUACGUCUGUUUUUGCAUAGAGUCGUGUAGGAGACAGAUGGUUACACCUACCAUGCCUGUAGUUCUACUCGGCGAUAUAUUUGACGCCCUAACCUUAAAUAAAUGCGAAAAAUUGUUUACAUAUGUUGAAAACGGCGUAAAUAUCUGGCGAGAAGAACUUUUCUUUGUGGCUUGUAAAAAUAAUUUGCUAAGAAUGUGCAAUGAUUUGUUGAGGAGACUGUCCAGAUCACAAAACACAGUAUUUUGUGGCAGAAUUUUGUUGUUCCUCGCGAAGUUCUUUCCGUUUUCUGAACGAUCAGGACUCAAUAUAGUUUCCGAGUUCAAUCUUGAAAAUGUUACUGAAUUUGGAGGUGAUAAUUCAAGUACAUUGAAAGAUGCCUUAGAUGAGGAAAUGGUGAUAGAUGAAGAGAAAAAUAAACAUACAAUUGAUUACAACUUGUACUGUAGAUUUUGGAGCUUGCAAGACUUUUUCAGGAGUCCAAAUACAUGUUACAAUAAAAUUCAAUGGAAAACAUUUGUUGCACAUUCAGGCAGUGUACUAUCAGCAUUCUCAUCCUACAAGCUAGAGGCUGUCGAGCUACAGAAGUCUAAGCUGAACAGACUAAAAACAUAUAAUUCUGAUAUAGAAAUGAACAAAGAACAGCACUACUUUGCCAAGUUCCUAACAAAUCAGAAGUUAUUGGAAUUGCAGCUGUCGGAUUCCAACUUUAGAAGAUGUGUUCUGAUACAGUUCUUGAUACUGUUUCAAUAUUUGACUUCAUCUGUGAAAUUUAAAAUGGAGUCACAAGAGUUAAAGUCAGACCAGCAAGAGUGGGUGAAGGAAACUACAACAUUACUGUACAAGCUACUAGGUGAGACACCACCAGAUGGAAAAACGUUUGCAGAAUGUGUCAAAAGCAUACUGAAAAGAGAGGAGCAUUGGAACAGCUGGAAGAAUGAUGGGUGCCCAGAAUUUCAAAAGCCCAAGCCGCCGGUUCAAACUGACAGUACUGAUGAAGUAAGAAAAACUAGAAAGAGAAGACGGCCAGUUGGUGACAUCAUCAAAGAAUAUGAAACACAAGAUAAAUUCUUUAUGGGAAACAAUGAGCUCACAAAGCUGUGGAAUCUGUCUCCGGAUAAUCUUGCGGCGUGCCGAACCAGAGAGAGGGAUUUUAUGCCCUCACUAGAGACGUAUAUGCUGAGCGGCGCGGGGAGUGCGACGGGUGCGGGGGACGCGACCAGCGGGUGGGCGUGGCGGGCGCUUCGUUUGUUGGCCCGGCGCUCACCGCACUUCUUCGUUCACACCAACAACCCCAUCGGACGGCUACCCGACUACCUGGAUGAUAUGGUGAAACGAAUAACCCGAGAGGUAGCCGCCAAUGCAGCGUCGAACUCAAAUGGUGAUAAGAUGAUUAAACAGGAGCAGAACUAUGAAGAAAUGUGCGAGGAGCAAAUAGAAACUGACAUUAUUAAAGAGGAAGAUGCGACUGAUAUGGAUGCGGUGAACGAUUCGACCCACACAGUCGAAGACGACGAAAAACCAUCGCGUUCCAGAGUGACUAUGAUAACCCACUCACAACUAGACGCUUUAGCCACUAAGUUAACCGACUGGAAGAAGCUCGCCGCUAAACUAGGCUACAAGCCGGACGAAAUACAAUUCUUCGAGACAGAAAACGCAACAGAUGUCAGCAGAGCGAAAAAUAUGCUACAACUCUGGUUCGACGACGACGAAGACGCGUCUGUGGAGAACCUACUCUAUAUAAUGGAGGGAUUAAAGAUGGCGGACGCCUGCGACGUAUUGAAGAGCGUCAUGUGACGUCCGCUUAAACGCUCAUGUAGAAUGAGACGAGAGAAACAUUCGCAUUCUGUCUUCAAAAGGUUAUUAUAAGUGACUUUAUGAACUAUUAAGCAAUAAAGUAAUUGUUUGUAAAAGUAAUUGAAAUAAAGUAUUUUUUAUUUUUAAUAAAGUUAUUUCUUCGAGAUACCAGACGAAAUUGAUGUAAGAAAUAUGAAAAAUAUUCGUUAAGUCUGGUUCAGUAACGACGAAGACGCGUCUGUAGAGAAUCUACUCUAUAUAAUGUAAGGAUUAAAGAUGGCGGACGCUUGCGAUGUAUUGAAGAGCGUCAUGUGUCGUCUGCUUAAACGCACACGUAAAAUUAGGAAAAAGCAACAUUUGCAUUUUGUCUUCAAACUAUUAUUAUAAGGGACUUUUUUGCUUAAUUAAUAGCUUGUAAAAAGUAAUUAACAUAACAUAAGUACAUUAUUUUUUAUUCGAGACAUAAUACGCAACAAAUGUUAGCAAUGCGAAAAAUAUUCAUUAACUCUGCUUCAAUGACGAUGAAGACGCUUCUGUAGAGUACCUACUGUAUAUAAUUGAAGAAUUAAAGAUGGCGAAAGCCUGCGAAGUCUUGAAGAGCGUCAUGUGACUUCCGCUCAAAGGCACAUGUAAUAUAAAAUGUUUUCUACAUCGAUUCUUCAAGAGUUAUAAGUGACUUUUUUGAUUAAGUCAUUGAUUGUAAAAAGGAAUUAAUAUAAAGUUAAUUCUUCUUGGUGAGAGAGAGCGACAAAACGUGGUUCAGUUACGACAAAGAUUCCUCUGUAGUGAGGUCCGCCCAAUCGCUCUUGUGAAAUGAUAAAUAUUCGUAUUAAGUGACAUUUUUUUAAAUUAUUAAUAUGUGAAGUACAUUUUUGUUUGUAAUAUAAAGUAAUUAUAAUAAAGUUGAUUCUUCGAGGCUGAAAACGCGACAGAUUUAAGCAUUUACAAAUUAGCUUCGGUGACGACGAAGACGCGUAUGUAGAGAAUUUACUCUAUAUAUAUAGUAUAUAGGGCGCUAUCUCACUAAGGCACCAAUGGUGGCGCAACCAGUCGCGCUACUGACAAAAUGUAAACGCACUUUAAAGGUUACCUGUUGCCCACUUGGUUGCGCAACUAAUUUGGUGUUCGCGGCGGUGGGUGGCGGAUCACCCAUUGGGGAUGCAACCACUUAUAUGUAUAGACCUAUUUGGAUAUUUGUGUUCUUUAAGAGAUUAUAAGUGUCUUUAAAUAAGAAAGCAAGAAUGUGGAUGUAAUAAAAUAAAGUGAUUGAAAAUUAA